GAACGCAAAAUAUUUUUUAUCAAUCAUAUUUUAAGUUUUUAAAGCUUAUUCUAAAAUAAUACUAUGAUGCGUUUCCCAUUAUUACAUAAAGAUGCGUCAAAAAAUGUACAGGGAUAAAAAUACUUUUCCCCAUUUAUCUUAUUUACCACAAAUUUUAAUGAUGUUCAAGGUAACAAGAUUUAGUAAUUUUGAAAAAAUAUUUUUCCUCAUGUAUGAAGGUGGCGCACAAAAUCGAUAAAACUCCGGUGUAGUUAGACAAAUCGCAGCUAGUAAACAGCUAGCGAUUUUUAUGGUUCUCACGUAACCUUCAAUAGAUAAAAUAAUGACUUCAACUGAUACCGAUCCAAAUUCAACAGAUAGAAAUUCCAAUAAUGAAUCUGUACAAGUCAUUGUCAGGUGUAGACCUUUAAGUUUAAAGGAACAAGAGCAGGAAUGUUCAAACAUUGUAAAAGUGUAUUCAAAUAGGGGGGUUAUUGAAGUUGAGAAUUUGAAGGCGAAGACUGAAAAUGAACGAAAUAAGAUAUUUACCUAUGAUGCAGUUUAUGACGAAAUAUCAACGCAACAGUCAAUAUAUGAUGAAACUAUAAGACCUUUGGUAGUAUCAGUUUUGGAUGGAUACAAUGGAUGUGUUUUUGCAUAUGGUCAAACUGGUACAGGAAAAACGUACACUAUGGAGGGGGAUGAUGAUGAGGAAGGUGAAAAUAUGGGUAUUAUUCCGAGAACAUUCAAUCAAAUAUGGAGCCACAUUUCAAGAAAAACCGGUGUAGAGUUUUUAGUCAGUGUUCGGUACAUUGAGAUUUACAUGGAAGAGAUAAGAGAUUUAUUAAGAAUCAAAAGCACAAAAAGUCAUGAAUUACGGGAGCUACCUGAUUCAGGAGUUGUUGUUACCAAUUUGCAUUCACAAACCUGCCAGAGCGCUAAAGAUAUGUUGAAAGCCAUGAGAAAUGGCAAUUUUAACAGAACAACUGGUGCCACCAAUAUGAAUGAACACAGUUCUCGAUCUCACGCCAUAUUUCAAAUUAUUAUUGAAAUGGCAGAGGUUGAUUCAAAAACCAUGAAAGUAGGUAAGCUUAAUUUGGUGGAUUUAGCAGGCAGCGAAAGGCAAUCAAAAACUGGUGCUACUGGAGAUAGACUAAAAGAAGCCACUAAAAUUAAUAAAGCAUUGUCUUCCUUAGGGAAUGUUAUAUAUGCACUCGCUGAAAAUUCGUCGCACAUUCCUUAUAGAGACUCAAAACUUACUAGGUUGUUGCAAGACUCCUUAGGGGGAAACAGCAAGACCAUUAUGAUAGCUAAUGUUGGUCCAGCUAACAUCAAUUAUGAAGAGACAAUAACCACAUUAAGAUAUGCCUAUCGAGCCAAGUCAAUCAAAAAUAAACCCAUAAAGAAUGAAGAUAUUAAAAAUGGCAAAUUGUUGUUAUUGCAGGAGGAAAUUGAAAGAUUGAAGGCUUUAAUAAGUGAAAAGAGCAAUGGAAUUGAGAUUAAUGGGCUUGACAGUGAAGGAGAGGAUGAAAAUUCAGAGAGUGAAAUUAAUGAAGGCGAAAAAGAAAAACAACUUGAGGUAGGCAAACUGGAAGUUGAUGAAUUAGCUAAGAAAUUGAGAGCAUUGGAAAAACAGAUGGUUCACGGCGGCAAGAAUAUCUUAGACAGUGUCAAUGAAAAUGAGUUAAAAUUAGAACAGCAACGACUCGAAAUUGCUGAUAGAAAAAAAAGAGAAAGAGAGAUACAACAGCGUCUUGAACUUGAAGAGGAAACCUGUACUGAACUCAAACAGGUCUUUGCCAGCCUUCAACAGCAGGUGGACUACAAGAGGGACAAAAUGAAAAGGUUAAACAGUAAGUUACAGCAAAUUCGGCAGGAGAUGAAAGAUAAUCACGAAGUUUAUCUUAAGGACAGGCAAGAGCUUGAAGAAGCUAAUAAUGAAGCUGCAAUGCAGUUAAGAAAACUAUUUCUCAUUAUUGACAACUUUAUUCCUUCUGAGGAAAGAUCAAGGAUUUUAAGUUUAGCUUACUUUGAUGAGAACGUUGACAACUGGAUGCUCAGAAAGGAAAUGAGUCACAUUGAACCCACUGAAAGACCAAUAGCUCAUAAUUAUAGGAGACCCAUAUCAGACUAUGCCCUACAAAUGGGCAGGACCUCUCCUAAUUACAGAGGGGAAAAUGUCCUGGAUUUGAAAUUGGACAUGCCACUGAGAAUUACCCAAGACUAUACUCCACCCGCGAUAUGCCCUCAAGUUAAAGCUAUUGUAACUGAUCUUAUACAAAAUGAAAUAGAUAAUAGUCAUCUAACCAUUAAGAUGGCACCUCAUUCGUCCGCACGUGGUACCUCGAAACUCGAACAAGAAAAUAAGUACAAGAUGGCAACCAAAAUAUUCACCGACGUUCACAACUUAAAAAAUAAUAGAACAGUGCAAUCGAAGUCCGCAAAAGCUCACCACUAGAAAGAAAGAAAUGGCCAUGUUUUAAUUUUUUGUGAUAUUUUUGCCUUUUUAUUUUUUUAUAGAUGUACUAGUUUUUAACAGAUAUUUUGCGCAAAUAUAUUUACAAGUUUAUUUAAAAAAGUAUAAACAACCCCUGUUGUUAAAUUUUCCAUUAUUUAUUCUUGGUAUCUCAUUAAUUACAUAUAUAGAAUUAUAUGAACACUGCUGUUUAUUUGGUCCACGAACUUUUUUUGACUUAUAACUGGGUGUAAACAUGAUAACAACGCAAUUGUUCAAGAAUUCUUAUCUAUUCUAUAUAUCUAAGCAGCUUUGUAUUUGAGGUUUGUGAGACAUGUGAAUUAUUUCUUUCUAAAAUUACUAAUCAGCGUAUUUAUUGUGCUUUACUCAAAAUUAUAAUCUUUUUUAUGUUAAUAUGAUGAAAAAAUGCAUUUUUUUUAUAUAACUAAUUCAAAUAUUAAGGCGGGUUAAAGGUCUUUGGCAAAUCCAACAAAAAAUUAUUUCAACAAACAUGUGUAUAUAAAAUAAGAGAUAGAGAUAAACAUCUCUGAAAUGGUACAAUGGUUUUAAUAGCACUCCUUUUUUUGUUCUAUAUAUUUAGUUUUUUGUAAAUGUUUCUAAAUUGACGCCUAAAAUUUGUUACCAUUAACCAAAAUAUAACUUAAGGCAAAACAUCUCUAGUAUAAUAACUUUUUAAGAAACAAAUUAUUUAUUGAGUUGAAUCUUAUGUUGUUUGCUAAUUUGCUGUUCUACAUUCACACUCUGUUAGAAAAUAAUGUUCGUUUAAUAAAGUAUUUUUGUAAAAGAUUCUAGUCAACUUAUGUAUUACUGUGUACUGUGAUUUUUUGUUAUAUUUUAUGCAAAGUUGGUUGCCAGUUUAGGGGUUAGCAGGAAUGUUAUGUAGAAAUGCAAUAAAGAAUCUUAGAAAUA